AUCUAGCUUCAUGUAAGCAUGCAAAGUUGAUUUUUUACAUCCAAUUUGACCAAUUGCAGAAAAAAUCAAUCCUCUCCACUUGAAGGUAGGUGAUGCACACAGAUUUCUUCUUACCUUGCAAGCGCCGUUGGAUGAAGACAGUAGGCAUGAUCAUGGACAAACGCAUGCCGUCUUGCUGUCCCUCCUCGGCUUGCCUCGAUCUUGCAGGAGAGGAGGACAUUGUUUAUUUGCGUAGGACUGUCGGGGGAUAAUUGGAUCGAGUAGGAGUUGUUACGUGGAAGAGGAGUAGCUAGCUGGGCGAUCCUUUGGCUAGGUGAUGAGGAAGAAAUUGACACGGCCGGCCGUUGUAUGGGAGCACGGCCAGAGAUGGACUUCGAUAAGGUCUGCACCCAAAUCAGAAAGUUUGGCCACCCUUAACAAUAUCCUCAUCGGACAUAACUUGGGGAAGGCGAAGGCGUACCCCCUACUAUAUAAGCUCCGCCACCCACGCCCCAAACAAAUCACAACCAACCUUCCUCAAGUCGUUUGUUCCCCCGAGCAAUCGAUCGAUCUUGCUGAGCAUCAUGGUUUCCGCCGUCGUGGCCCGCAACAUCGUGGGCAUCAUUGGCAAUGUCAUCUCCUUCGGCCUCUUCCUCUCCCCUGUGCCGACGUUCUGGCGUAUCUACAAGGCCAAGGACGUGGAGGAGUUCAAGCCGGACCCCUACCUGGCGACGCUCAUGAACUGCCUGCUCUGGUUCUUCUACGGGCUCCCUGUCGUCCACCCCAACAGCACCCUCGUCCUCACCAUCAACGGCAUCGGCCUCGUCAUCGAGGGCACCUACAUCAUCAUGUUCAUCAUCUACGCGGCCAAGAACACAAGGUGGAAGAUGCUCGGCGUGCUCGCCAUCGAGGCGGCGUUCAUGGCUGCCGUGGUGGCCGGUGUGCUCGUCGGCGCCCACACCCACGAGAAGCGCUCCAUGAUCGUAGGCAUCCUCUGCGUCAUCUUCGGCUCCAUCAUGUACGCCUCCCCGCUCACCAUCAUGGGUAAAGUGAUCAGGACCAAGAGUGUGGAGUACAUGCCAUUCUUCCUGUCGCUGGUAAACUUCCUCAACGGUCUCUGCUGGACGGGCUAUGCGCUCAUCAAGUUUGACAUCUACAUCACGAUCCCCAAUGCCCUUGGUACAAUCUUCGGCCUCGUCCAGCUGAUCCUCUACGGGUACUACUACAGAUCGACCCCCAAGAAGGGCAAGAACGUCGAACUGCCCACCGUCCUCACCAAAAACGCCGUUACCAGUGGCGACGUCUCGGUCACCAUUGAGAAAUAAGCUUGGCGUGGUUUUUAGCCCUAAAGAUUUUGAGUAGUUAAUACUGGAUGAUACUUCAACAGGUCUGAUGUUAAUUAGUAGUACUUUUUGUUAGGUAGUAGAGUCUGAGAUUGCCUUUAAUUUUGUGAACCAUUGUCGUUUGUCCGAGACUACAGUGCAAAUUGCAAGUGUAUAAUAUAAAUACCAAUGCAGCUGAGUUAUCCCAGAGAUAUAUUAUGACACCACGUAUGCCUGCCUGUUUUCAA